CCCAGCGAUAUCCGCGUUCAUACGGUCACGGUGAUCAGCAAAUCUCCGGUUUUUCUGUUUGGCGUCACGAAUAACUCCAGCCUCAAAAGACUAGGGUUGAAUGAAUACUUUUCCUCGUUUGAUUUGCACUUACUUGAAGCCAAUUUGAGCACAGGUUUUUAUUUGUAACGUCAUGUCGGCGCAGGAGUACUUCAACCAGUAUAUCGUGCCGAUUAUCUCUACUUGCAAACAUGGCUUUGUGGAUGUUGUCACGGGGAACCUCCUCACUGUCGUGGUCUACUUGGCUGCCAUACACUGCUGCCUGAUCGCCUUCGUCGUUUAUGUUUUUAUAAACAGAAAGGAAACGGAGAGAAACAGACGGAAUGGAACGAGAGUUCUCAGACGCGACAAUCGAGUGGUGACGAUGGAGACUUGUGAAUGGUUUAAUUCUAUAUUAGCCUGGGUUUAUUUACAUUCUAAAGGAAAAAGCGCUCCGGAUCUGCUGAGGACAUGGAUUCGAAAUUUAAAUCAUGAGCUAGAAAAGGAGACACAAACGUUUGUUAUCUUAUCUCAGAAAGGCCAGAUCAUUGCCAUCAGUAAUAUCACAACAGGGUGGCAGCCCCCAGUGGUGUCGGCAGUUAACUGUCUCAAGGCCGGCGGGACCAUGCAGUGCAUUACGUUCCGUGUAGAAACAUCACAGCUUGGUUUUUGUGUGACCACUUCUCAGCCAUCAUCAAAUGGUACAUCCAAAGUUGCUAUCCUGGAGGUGAAAGUCGUACGUCUUACUGGUGAGGUUGCCAUCCAGUUGACAAGCACGCCUUAUCGACUCGAGCUGAAUUCCAAGUUUAUUGGUAAACCUGAAAUUGACCUCUCUACCAAUGUCAUCUCAAAGGACGAGGUUGACGCUGCCACCAUAGAGGCCGUUGAGGAGAAGGUGAAGCAGGUGAUAUGUAAGACCGUCACCAACAUCCCGCUCACGGAAGCUGCCAAGCAAGAAGAGGGAAGUCUUGGCAAAGAUCGAUUCGCUCCUCCGAUCCUAAAGUCCUGUCUUGGUGAAGAAGGAAAACUGCUUGUGAAAGUUAUCAAGGCCAUGGGACUGACCUCCAAGGAACAUGGUGGAAACAUCAGCCCCUACUGCAUCAUCUCCACAGGAAACCCGCAUCAGCGCAAGAGGACCAGUUUGUUGAAGGAUACCCAUAAUCCUUUUUGGAACGAGUACUUUGCUCUCGACAUCAACUCCAAGACGCGCGAGCUUACGAUUGACAUAUACGACUACGAAAGGACACCUUCGGAUGUCAACCAUCACAUGGAUGAUCAUGAGCUGACCCAAGAGCAAGAUGAUUUUCUGGGUCAGGUGAUAGUACCGCUGAGCACAGUAAACAGGGACCAGACAUGUCGCCUUGUUCUUCCUAUCUUACCCCGAACCAACAAGUGCGACUAUGUCAGCGGAGAGCUCAGUCUAGAGUUCGACUUUGAUAAAGAUGGAAAAGUGAUUGACAAGAAGUUACCGCUGGUUGAGACAGCACUUGCGAAGGCUCAAGAGAAUCCCGUAGUUGAGGAUACCUUUAUCGCCGCAGAAUCUACAAAAGCCGAGGUAGAACCGGAACUGGAAUCGGUGAAACUGGAAGCAGAAACAAACGGUCCUCCUUCAUCGGUACGAAGCUUUGCUGCAGCUUACUCCUACUCGCUUGACAAACGUUACAUGGAAACGAGUCUCGACGAGCUAGCUUUUGAGAUCGAGGCUUACGAGGCCGAGUCACGUGGUGAGACAAAACCAAGUGAUGUCAUUGAUGAGACGGAUGAAGCUGCAGAGAGACUAGUAACGAUGGAUCCGGUGUUUGAGACAACGGAAGUAGUCGAGGAGGCUCAAGAACCUACUCCAGACCCAGAGAAACUACAAAAAGAAUUAUGCAGCGAAGAGAAAUCAGAUGAAGCAAAGCUGGAAACGGUGAACAAGACCGAAGAGGUCAAUACAUCGGAAGAGCCAGAAGCCAGUGGUACACCAGAACCAAAACUGCGCACCAAGAAGUCAUUUGCUUCCAAGUUUAAGAAACGUCCGAAGAGUACAGCGGACAUGGACAAGAUAGAAGAUGAGACAGGAGAGAACAACCGCCACUCUUACCAUCCUGGGGACACCAUCGAGGAGACAGGUGAAGAAGGAGGGGCAGGCAUCAAUCCCGAACCUAAAUCAAAGAUCAGGCGAUCAUUCAACAUGAAGUUCAGACGGAGCAAGAAAGCAAGCGCGACAGAGGAGAACGACGAGAGGGAACAGGAGAACAAAGAGAAAAACAAAGUGGAGGAAGAGGAAAAGAAAUCAGAUAAUGAAGAAACGACACCAGAUCCACCCAAGUCAAGGUUUGGAAAAUUCAAAUGGGCGAGAAAGGACGACAAGAAGGAUGAAGGUGAUUCAGGCGAACAUGAAAACGAAUCAGAGAAAGCUGAAGACAAAAAUGAAAAACCAGCUGAACCAACUAAAGAAGGUGUGCCUGCUGAAGCAAAACUGUCCAAGUCGAGACUUAGUAAGUUCAAAAAGAGAAAAGCAGAUAAAGAGCAUGAAAAAGUUGAGAAAAAGGAAGAAGACAAGGACACAAGUAAGCCCUUGUUCGGUAAGCUUAGGAAAAAGGCAGGGGACAAAGAGAUGAACGACGGUGAAGCGAAACAAGAGAAAGCAACGGAGAUUAAGAAUGAAAAAGAUGGCUCAAAGGAAGAUGAUAAGGAGGAAGAAGAAAAGAGCGAACAGAUAAGGGAUAAGAAAGAAGACGCUGUGGUGAAUGAAGACAAACAAGAACUAGAAAAACAGCAACAAGCAGAGACACAAGCAACACCAGAAAAAGCGGAAAAACUUGAGACACUUGAUGAGAAUGCUGAGGCAGAACCCGCGGGGGAGAAACCAACACCAAGACUAAGGAAGUUCAACCUUAAAUUUGGCCGACAGCGGCCAAUGAGUAUGAGUGCAUUUGACAAACAGAAGCCCGGUACUAGCGCUAACGACGACACCAAGCAAGACGAGAGAGUGCGGCAUUCGUACCACGCGGGAGACUUGUCUGAGCAUGCGCCACUAAGUCGAAGUCAAACGUCGUUGUUGAGCUACUCACCCAAUCCAAACUCCACGCUUAUCAUUGAGACCUCGGACAAAGGACAAAAAACGUAUUACCACAUUCCCCAGGCCAUGGCAAAACGAGGAACCUACGAGCAAAAGGGCGUCAAAUACCAUGUGUACAAUGAACACAUGUUCCGUGCCGACCAUUUAGGAGAGACAACGGAAUGCGCUGUCUGCGCCAAAUCAAUUAUUCGCAAACCCGGCAAACAAGCAUAUAGGUGCAAAGACUGCAAAAUGACGUGCCACAAGAAAUGUCACAGUCAGACGACAGUUAUCUGUUCCUCUAGCACAAUCAAGACGCUCGAGAUUAAAGAUGCGCCUAACAUUGUCGGUAAUUAAACUAACAGUGAGCGCUGUAAGAAGCAUUGAAAGAAGAGAAGACUUGACGCCGUGCUCACCAGAAGCGGUCACAGGCAGACAAGUAACAAGUGGUACCUAGUUACUUAGGCCAGAUACAAGUGGUACUGAGGUGCUUGUGUGAAGAUGGUUUACAAGAUUGGUGUGGACCGAGAGGAGCUUGAAAAUAUGGCAAUGCGUAUCAAAAAAUCGUGGAAAUAACAUAAAACGAAUAACGUGGAAAUAACGAAAAAAUAUAUAGUGAUAUCAGCAAAAAAAAAGAUGUCAAUGGACAAAGUGUUUUAAUGGUCCUACUCUCUUGUAUAUCCAGUCGCAGUACUUUAUAAUCUUGAUUAUGUAACUCAGCUAUGCUUACGGAAAUCACGAGCUUAUCUCUAACAAAAGAGAAAAUUGAAGUCAAUAUUAAUGUUAAAAAUGCAUGUGUGAUAAAUGUAAAAUAGAAAUGAAAAAAAAAAGGAUAUCAUGGUCACGUGAUAUUCAGAUCAAACGUAAUGUUCUGAAGAGUCAGCCUAACCCGGUGGUGACUAGGUGCGAGUUUUUAGUCCAAAUAUUCUAGUGAUUUCUUAGUCCACGUAGUCGAAAGACUUAAAUAAAUAUAGCCGUAAUAAAUUACGGUAAAUCCAGUUUCCUAAAACACGAUAAAAUCGAUAAUACAUCACUUUAUAUUAUUACUUAUCACUUUUUCCAUUCGUUUCGUAGCCGAGGCUACUCGUGGUUCGGAUUUCCCGUGAUUGUUCGUGUGAUCUCAAGGACCGCGAGACAGGCCUUUUUAAGCCUAGUUCCCACGGCGUCAUAACCAUAAUCGUAAUCAUAAGAAGGAAAAGGUACACAUGCGCAAUAGCAAUUUUGAACGCCUGCAGAUGCCCUGAACAGCGGGAUUGCUACAAAAUGGCGGGCGUGUACAGGAAGAGAUUGCUUGUUUUGUUGUAUUUACUUUGUGCAACGUCAGAUAAAAAGGAGGAAGGCUACAAGAAACGUUGGAGUGUGCAGAAAAAGAAACGCCCAAGGCAAAUAAGGCAAUUAAAACUUAUUCUGGUCGAUUUGAAAACGAUUUCACGAUACCUACUAUUUUUUUUAUAUCCAGCGUUCCUGUGACCGACUUCCAAGCUGAAUCUUCUUUCAUAUCUUAAAAUUCCGGGUGAGAUCCCCAUGUUAACGACUAUGAUUUAACGAUUUACACGUAUGAUAUAGCGUCAUAGUCAAAAUCAUAGAAAAAUGGAGUCUUUUCCAUUUCUUAUGAUCUUGCUAAUGAUUGUGACUAUGACAGAACGGUUCACAAGUCAGCCUCCUUAUGACUACGACUAUGAUUGCGAUUAUGACACCGUUUGAACCAGGCUUAAUAACCAUGUGCGACGCGCGCUAUCGUGGCCACCUUGAGAGUUCUGUUCAGAAAACCAAUCGCGGAAGGUACAACCUGAUAUUCUGACGUUUGACAUGUCAUCAUGAUAAAAUGACUUUUUUAUGUUAAAACUUCACUAGCCAACCAGAGGCAAAUAAAUGCUUGAGUUCACACAAGAGUAUGCCGAUAUUCUCCUCGCUUUAUGCAGUGUUCUACAUGCUGACUUUGUGUCAAAUAAAACAGUGUUCAUGCAUGCUGACUUUGUGUCAACUAAAAAAGUGUUCUAUAUGCUGACUUUGUGUCAACUAAAAAAGUGUUCAUGCAUGCUGACUUUGUGUCAACUAAAACAGUGUUCAUGCAUGCUAGGUAACUACACCACGCACUCUAAGUAACGGCGUUUAGAGCUUGUAGCUUUGUUGCCAUGAGAUUUAGUUUAUUUGACUUUUAUUCUGGAAUGUACCAGCUAAUACCAGCAUAAGGAGGCCAUAAGGAGGCUGACGUGUACCAGCUCUAAUUAUAGAUCCAUGCAGUGCAAUAAAACGUAGAAAAAAUGG